CGCGCGCCCGCCCUACCUGAGGUGGAAUUCGCCCGGAAAACCGGAGGAGAUCGGCCCCGCGUCAACUCCACCGGGUACCAUGGGCUCGCACCGAUCGUCUCUCGGGUGUAAGCGCCCGCGCGAGGAGACGAGCUCGAUGGAGGAAACACCACGACCUCCCGUUGGGUACCCCUCGCACGAGUCAAGGGGCGGUGCGAGGGCGCAGUGCGACGACGACGCGCACAACUCCCCGCCGCGCCACACGCCGGGAGUGACCCCAGGUGAGUCCAAACACUCACAAUUACCUCCGCGAAGGAUCGCGAUAUGCUUUCCGAAGAAAGUCUCGUGCGCGUCGCGCCCCCCCGUCCUCUUGACGAACGUUCAAGCGAAAUCUGGGUGCACACUUUCAAGCCUUCCGAUCGAGAGGGAUCCGGCUCGGACUGACCGCACGACCGCCCCCGUCACUUAUUUCAGGCGGAUUCAAUAUCAUGCGCAACAGAUCCUUCGAUACCUUUCACAUCGAUUCCGAGGAGCGCGAUAGGUGAGCCUAUGAGCCGAGCCGAACCCACGGCUGCUGCUGUCCUCCCCCUUGGAAACGCCGCUAACAAAGUUUCAACCCGACUUUUGAAAAA